UUCGUCUAGUCUCCCAGUUAUGCUCUGCCUGAUCACUGCCAUUUCGGAAUUCCCUAGGCUCGAGGCAGUUCCUCAUAUUGAUGGCGUCCUUGGAUCCGUGCCUUAUCAUUCAUCUCAGCAUGAGCGCCGACCGGGCUUAUUCCGUACCUCUAGGUUGUUGACAGCCGAUUUACCGCUAAAUGGUUGAUAGCGGAUUUUAACAAUAGGGUUUCGUUGGAACGCGAGCGUAGCGACUCAAGCUUUCCGCGGCUUCGACUCGCAAUGGCUUCUGUCGUAAAUCCUUCCGAGAACAUAGGUUCCCGCAUAUCUCCUCUCUGUUUUUUACGUCUCCUGGUCGUAACAGCCAUUAUUCUAAUAUCAUAUCCCGAUAAAAGCUCUCCUUAGGGUGGAAGGAAUUCGAUAGUCGAGCCAGCUUCCGAGGCCAUCGACAUUCGGAUAGGCUGUCUAUUCACCGCGUACUUCUUAGCUUAGGUUGGCCUACCGUCAAGAUAGCAUUCUAAGCUGAGAUUCCGAUAGGCUGAAGUUUCCUCACCUUAAAGUCUGGUCACCGCUCGGCGACUUCUGUUUGACCUUACUGCGGGUAGCAGCAUUCCAACGAGACGCUGAUGGCUGCUGUGGUCGCUGAGCGUCAAGGCACGGCCACUGGGCUUGUGCGUCAGCCUGACGAUCUGUGCAUCAUGCAUCAGGUCCUGCGAUUAAGAAAGGAGAGAGGGAGAGAGCGUCGGCGAAGUAUGUCGAGCUACAUCCUGAGCUACAUCCUGAGCUACUAUCUGGGCUGGAAACUUACCACUUGCUUGGUGGUAGACACCCAGUCUCCUUGCGGAUCCAUCCGCGCUGAUGUUUCUGCACCGCUCUAGUUGCCGAGAGUGCUUCGUGGCAACGACGCAGCUCGCGAACGGUCGAGAUUAUGGAACUCGAGCAGCAAAGGCGCAGCUCGCGUAUUCGCGGACUGCAGACUCGCGGACGGUCGAGCUACGCAGCAGCGAGAAGCAAGCGAGUCACGGCGACGGCGAGCGGUGGGAAGGAAGGAAGGCAGCAGCUGGGCUUCAAACAGCGUUGCGUUUCGUUGAAGGCGUGCAACUUGCGAACUCGCGGACUCGCGAACUCGUGGACUCCGGACGGUCGAACUUAGGAGCACGGCGAGCAGCGAUUCACGGUGACGGCGAGCGAUGGGAAGGCAGCAGCGGGGCUGGAACAUGACUGGCUUCGAAUGGCGUUUCGAUGACCGCGUGCAAGCCUCGUGAAGGCGUGCAACCCUCGUGAAGGCGUGCAACCCUCGUGAAGGCGUAAAGCGGCGAUCCGGAGAGCGCUGAGCGGGAGAGCGGCGAGCGACGAUCGGCAAGCGGCGGCGAACGAGACAACCCGCGCGCGACGAUGGCGACGACCUGCACGCGACGAUGGCGACGACCCGCGCGCGACGAUGCUGAUGAACCGCCGCGACUAUAGCGACGACCCGUGCGCGACGAUGGCGACGACCCGUGCGCGACGAUGGCGGCGAUCCGCUCGCGCCUAUGUCGACGACCCGCUCGUGCCGAUGGCGACGGCCUGCACGCGACGAUGGCGACGGCCUGCACGCGACAAUGUCGUCGACCCGCACGCGACGGUGGCGACGACCUGCACGCGCCGAUGGCGACGACCCGCGCGCGACGAUGCCGAUGAACCGCCGCGACUAUAGCAACGACCCGUGCGCGAAGAUGGCGACGACCCGCGCGCGACGAUGGCGACGAUCCGCACGCGACGAUGCCAGCGACCUGCGCGCGACGAUGGCGACAAUCGGCACGCUACGAGGCCGACGAUUCGCACGCGACGGUGGCAACGACCCGCGUGCGACGAUGGCGACGACCCGUGCGCGAGGAUGGCGACGACCCCGGGAGUCCCGUGCGCGACGAUGGUGAAGAACCGCUGGUGGGAGUGCUGCAGGCAUGACACUCGCCUCCAACUGCCACCCUGACCGCUAAGUCUCCUUAUCCCUUGCCAAUCUUCGAUUUCCCGUUAAUGUUUGCUUAUUCCCUCCCCAUCACUUUGUGGGCUUUCUCGAAUAAAAAUGGGAGGGAUCAAAAGUUUGUUUUCGGGUGAUGGGCGCGUGGCGGUGGUAGCGCAUGGCACUGGGGCGGAAGGGCUCAUACUAGAGUUGCAGGGGGUAGAAACGCAUUCAUCCUCAUGCCUGCGUCCCUCUCUUACCUAGUCCCCCUCGCGUGCUAGCUCCAUGCCCUGGUGCCGUGCGCUACCAUCGCCUUACCUUGUGAUUUAGUGCCAUAUCUCUUUUUUGGUUGUCUUGGAUUGACUUCCCAUGCUGGCCUUGCGUGCCUUCUUACGUAAUCUGCUGUUAUUUGUGAUUCUUUGUACUACUUCGUUCUACUGACCUAGUUUCCUGCAUCCCCUCCCCACAGUGCUUCGUGUUUCAACCCUCUCCCAAAGGGAAUGCGGGCAGCAACGCCCUUGCCAACAGCAGCAGCGCCAGUGCCAGCAGCAGCAGCAGCAGCAGCACCAGCACCAGCAGCAGACCGUCAAUUCCUCCUCCCCCUUCUCCCCCCCCUCCUCCUCCUCCU